CAAACGUAUUAAACAAACAGAUAGAGACACAGACAAAACUCAGAUCCUAUCCAUUAACUAGAACAAUCCAUGUCUUUCUCUCUCUAAAACAGUACAACAUUUCUCUCUCUAAGACCCACAUUCCCUCUCUCUCCAUGUGCGUGUCUCUCCUGGUUUCUCCCAUACAAAGCCAAGUUUCUGAUUCAAGUGUGAAUGUGAAGACGUAUUCAAGAAAAAAGUGUUCCUUCGCGGUCCAGCAAAAUCCAUACCUGGUUCCCGAAUCCACACUCUCUUCAAUUCUGUAAUGAUGACACGUUAUAUACAUUUGCGUUUAUAUACGUAUUUCUGUAUUGAAAAUUUUAUGACUUGUGCAUUUGAGCUGAAACGGGCAUGAGUUUGGGUGCAAUGUGGGUUCAAUUUUAGGGUUUGCUGCUGGUGACUCUUUUGGAUGUCGGCGAAAAUGGGGAUAUUCCGUAAAUUUUUCUAUCGGAAACCUCCUGAUGGGCUUCUGGAGAUCUCUGAAAGGGUAUUUGUCUUUGAUUGCUGCUUUACUACGGAUGUUUUGGAAGAGGAUGAAUACAAAGUAUACAUUGGAGGAAUAGUGCAACAACUCCGCGAAUACUUUGCCGAUGCUUCAUUUAUGGUGUUUAACUUCCGAGAGGGAGGGAAUCAGAGCCAGAUUGAUAACAUAUUGUCUGAGUAUGAUAUGACUGUAAUGGACUAUCCUCGACACUAUGAAGGCUGUCCAUUACUCACAAUGGAGAUGAUCCACCAUUUUCUAAGAUCAAGUGAAAGUUGGCUUUCACUUGGGCAGCGUAAUGUGCUUUUAAUGCAUUGUGAGCGUGGUGGGUGGCCAGUUUUGGCCUUCAUGCUAGCUGCCCUCUUGAUUUAUAGGAAACAAUAUACCGGGGAGCAAAAAACGUUGGACAUGAUUUACAAGCAAGCACCUCAGGAACUUGUGCAAUUGAUGUCGCCACUGAAUCCAUUACCAUCACAAUUGAGGUACCUACAGUAUGUCUCAAGAAGGCAUGUGGGUACAGAAUGGCCACCACUGGAUAGGGCACUUACAUUGGAUUGCAUCAUUCUUAGAAUCCUUCCUAACAUGGAUGGGGAGGGGGGUUGCCGCCCAAUAUUUAGAAUCUAUGGACAGGAUCCUUUUAUGGCCGCUGAUCGGACUCCUAAAGUGCUGUUCUCGACACUGAAGAGGAGCAAAACUGUUCGGCAUUACAAGCAGGCAGAUUGUGAACUAGUUAAAAUUGACAUACAUUGCCAUAUACAAGGUGAUGUUGUGCUCGAGUGUAUUAGCUUGGAUAAUGAUCUAGAACGCGAGGAGAUGAUGUUUCGAGUCAUGUUCAACACAGCCUUUAUUAGAUCAAAUAUUUUAAUGCUUAAUCGUGAUGAAAUCGAUAUCUUAUGGGAUGCUAGAGAUCAAUUUCCCAAGGACUUCAGAACAGAGAUUCUUUUUUCAGAAAUGGAUGCUGUAUCUUCACUUAUUACAAUUGAUUUGCCUGGUUUUGAGGAGAAAGAAGGUCUUCCUAUUGAAGCAUUUUCUAAAGUUCAAGAGAUUUUCAGCAAUGUGGAUUGGCUGGAUCCAAAGUCGGAUGUAGCACUAAAUGUGCUCCACAAAAUCAAUAUUCUCCAAGAAAAAUUGGAAACUGGCUCUCCCAACAGUGCUAAGAGAGGCAGUGUGCUACAGGAACCAACUCCUGAAAAGGUUAUGGGGAAAACAAAAUUCGAGACAUCAGAAAGUAGUUCCCCGUACGCGCCUUCCGGUGAACAAUCUAUACACUCUACGAAAUCAUCUCUUGGUGUGAACUCGAUGAUGAAGAAGAUUGAGCCCCAAGAACUGCAGGUUUCUGUUCAACGGCCUGCUCAAUCUAAGAUUAUUUCCCAGCGAAUACCUCAGACUCCUCUAUCCACUCCUGCUUCACUUGGUAAUUCACUGCAAGGUUCCCCUGUUCAUAUCUCAAGAUAUCACAGUGCACCGUCGGCCCUUGGCAUUACAGCUUUAUUGCAUGAUAGUACAGAAUCUAAAAUUAAAGAAAUCACUCAUCCAGUGACGGUAUCUCCACCUCUUGCUGCUUCAGUUCCUCUUCCACGUGUAUCUAAACCUUUGCAGCCCGGAUUUGCUUUGAUUUCACCACCACCACGACCACCUCCCUCAUUGCAACUUUCUGAGGAGGUUCGUACUACCACAAUGAAAACUUCUGCAAUCGCUCGUCCUCCUCCACCUCCACCAUCAGCCGCUCUUCAUCGAUCAACUUCAGAACCUCAUUCCUUAUCUACCCAACACUCUGAAACCUCACUUCAGGGUAGUAGUGGAAAGUCAUUUGUAGUUCCUCCUCCUCUCCCCCCACCCUCUAUUGUAUCUGGGGUAUCUCCAUCUCCCUUUGUCAAGAAUUCAUUUCCAGGUUCCCCUCCCCCUCCUCCUCCUCCACCACCUUCUUUUGCAGGAGAAGCACCGUCUUCCUCACCCAUAAACUCAUUUUCAACUCCCCCUCCUCCUCCUCCUCCUCCUCUUCCUCAAUCCCCUUCUUCCUCGGGGGUGGCUCAAUCACCCACUAUUAAGAAGUCAUCUCCUCCUCCCCCUCCUCCUCCACCUACACCCUUUGGGGUUUCCUCGUCAGCUACCUGUUCUUCACUGCUGCCUAAAAAAAUCUCUGCAGUUGUGGCUGGCCCUCCUCCUCCACCUCCACCUCCUCUACGUUCUGGGGCAUACUCCAGCCCUACUGCAUCUUCAGUGCCACCACCACCACCUCCUCCUCUCAAUGGUGCUCCAAAGGAUCCUAUGUCUAAGAAUUCUCCGCAUGUCCCACCUGUACCACCUCCGCCUGCUUCAUUUGCCAAUGGGUUAUCAAAAUCUGGUGGUGGGCCUCCACAAUCUCAUUCUGCAGGCAGUAACGGAAAUAUACCUCCAAUUCCUGGACCACCUUCCAGUGCGAAGAUUAGGUUGCAAUCACGUUCAAGUUCCAGGAAUCAGACUCAAUCAAAGAAGAGUAACCUAAAACCGUACCACUGGUUGAAGUUAACAAGGGCCAUGCAGGGAAGCCUAUGGGCUGAGGCACAAAAAUCUGAUGAAGCUUCCAAGGCUCCUGAGUUUGACAUGUCUGAACUUGAGAGUCUUUUCUCAGCAACUGUUCCAAAUUCAGAUCAUGGAAGCACAGGUGGGAAAUCAAAUCGGCGUGCCUCAGGACCUAAAUCAGAUAAAGUCCAGCUGAUCGAGCUUAGGAGGGCAUAUAAUUGUGAGAUCAUGCUUUCAAAAGUUAAAGUUCCUUUGCCUCAUUUGAUGAGUUCAGUCCUUGCCUUGGAUGAUUUGGCAUUGGAUGUUGAUCAGGUUGAUAAUCUUAUAAAGUUCUGUCCAACAAAAGAAGAAAUGGAACUUCUCAAGAAUUUCAAUGGUGACAAGGAGAACUUAGGAAAAUGUGAACAGUUCUUUUUGGAGUUGAUGAAAGUGCCACGGGUCGAGUCCAAGCUAAGAGUCUUCUCAUUUAAAAUUCAAUUUCGUUCACAGGUUUCUGACCUCAGAAAUAAUUUGAAUCUUGUAAAUUCUGUAGCUGAAGAGAUCAGGAAUUCGGCCAAGUUGAAAAAAAUCAUGCAGACUAUUCUUUCACUGGGUAACGCUUUGAACCAUGGAACUGCAAGGGGUUCUGCCAUUGGAUUUCGGUUAGACAGUCUUCUUAAACUCACUGAUACACGAGCCCGAAACAACAAGAUGACUCUCAUGCACUAUCUUUGUAAGGUGCUUGCGGAAAAGCUACCAGAACUUCUAGAUUUCCCGAAAGAUCUUGUGAGUUUGGAAGCUUCAACAAAGAUACAACUGAAAUAUUUGGCAGAGGAAAUGCAAGCCAUUAGCAAGGGGCUAGAGAAAGUUGUACAGGAACUAACUGCCUCAGAAAAUGAUGGUCCCGUGUCUGAAAAUUUUUGCAAGAUUUUAAAGGAGUUUCUUGGUUUUGCUGAGGCUGAAGUGCGAUCUUUGGCUUCACUUUAUUCUGGUGUGGGAAGGAAUGCCGAUGCAUUGGCUCUUUAUUUUGGGGAAGAUCCUGCCCGUUGCCCUUUCGAGCAAGUUGUUUCUACCUUGUUCAAUUUUGUGAGGAUGUUUGUGAAAGCCCACGAUGAAAACUGCAAGCAGCUCGAGUUUGAAAAGAAGAAAGCUCAAAAGGAAGCAGAAAAUGAGAAAACGAAGAAGAGUGUUUCGGAAAAGCAAUUAGAAAACGAAAAGACGAAGGCAAUUAGCAAAAAGGAAACAGAAAAUGAAAAAGUGAAAUCAACUGCUCCCAAGGAGUCUCAGCACUUUCUACGAACUCCUAUCAAGAGUACCAACAUCAACUGAUCAAGUAUUUUGGACUUAUAUCAUAUAGAUCAGCACAAGCUGCUUCCUAACGGAUAAAUAAAGUUAUCUCCAUCAUGGUUAACUCGAAACCCUAAGAAGGACUCACCUGUGAAAAUGGCAAGACUUCGGAUCAUGUCAACGAUGAGGGGAGGAUAAUUUUAUUAGAUGGUAAAAAUAAAUCGGCAGUUAACCGAAGUCAUAAGGUGAAGCAUCGCGGUGAGCUGAAAACACAAGGACAGAUGCUCAUUUCCAAGCAAUAUGGAGUUGAAAGCCCCUUUAAUGAGCCAAUUGUAAAAUAGCCUACCAAAAUUUUGUUGUAAAAAUAAUCUUGAAUAGUUCAGCAUUUCUUUUUUUCUCUCUUUUAUAUUAUUUAUUCUGUAAAUUUUUGAAUAGGUAAUGUAAAUGUUGAUAUAUAUCAAUCAAUGCGACUGUAAAGAGUAAUCUUUCGACGUUACAAAUUUUA